GAGGGUUUGACGAGAAUUAUGACAUUGUUUUUAUCAAGGAUGCUACUGCCACCGAAAAUAAGGCAAUGCACGAGGCAACUUUACUGAACUUGGAGUAUGGAUGGGCCAAGAUUGCAACCACCAAUGACAUUAUCGAAUGGCUCGGGAAAAUUUGA